AUCAACUGUCAAAUUUAAUUCAACACAAAUGAAUGAAGCUUUUACAGAUUUUUGAAAAUAUUUUGUUAAUAAAUGUUUCAAAACUGGAUUAUACCAAAAGAUCAAAUGCAGGGCACUAUCAAGGAAUUGCUUGAUGCAUUAGGAUGUAGUUUGGAGGCGGAAACUGUUUUAGAUUACAUCCAGAAUGAUCCCAACUACGGCAACAGUAAUUUAUCGUCUAAGCAAGUGAACGAAUACGCUCAGAGAUUGGCGCUUAAAGCUUCGAACGCCAAGUUAUUCUUGAAAAAAUAUGAAGAGUUAAGGAACAGAAAUACUGAUAAUUUGGCUGACCUUAUAGCACUAUUUUAUAAACUAGUGUGUGAAGAAAAAAAGUCAAAAAUAUCGAAACCAAAAGUGGCUCCGAAACCUAUACUGGGUGAUAACAAACAUCAGAUUACAAAAAAUGAUCUUCCACAGAUUAAAGACAAACUUCUAAAAGCAGUCGACGAAAGUAAGAAACUAGUCAUGAAGUCCUUUGAAGAAAAAGAAACAAAGCUUAGACCAAACUGGUACAGCAGUCUGGACUUGCCCAGCUGGCAAAAGGAUCACCCGGCCAUGUCCUGGGACUUUCCAAAAGAGCCUAUUUCAAUCAUAUCUUCCCUUUCUGGUGUGCCAAUAGCAUCUCAAGAAAAUAUAAUCAUUGAUGAUUUGCUGUAUGUCUUCUCCGGUGUUCCUGGAAACUAUAUAGUCCAUCUCCCAGUCAAAGACACCUUUGAUCCUCGUACAUUCCUAAUAUCCGAUGAUGUGGAUGAUGCACUGAAACAAAUAGUUCAACAAAUGCUUCCAUUAGCUUCCAAUUACUCUGUAGUGAGAAGGUUCAUUGAAAACUGCGAUAUGUGGUCUGGCCAGGUGCUACAUGCAUUAGUAGCAGCUAUUGAAAUACUUCUGAAGGAUUAUUAUACCAUGAUAGCUCAGCUGGAGACUGAGCACUUGUCUGCAAACCUCACAUUACAAAAGUUGUGGUACUUUGUCUUGCCUACCAUGCAUACCAUGCAAGUCCUUGCUGCCAUCGUAACUAAUAUUGGAAAGAGCGAGUUUCGCGGUGGUGCAGUUCUAACUGUUCUGCACGAUAAAACUAACACAUUGAUGGGCGAUGCCAGAGCCCAGGAAAUAUCUUUGUUCCUAACUGAACGAGCUUGCCGACCUUACCUCUGUAUUUUAGACCAAUGGAUACAUAAUGGCACCAUUGUCGAUCCUUUUCAGGAGUUUAUGAUAGAAGAUAAUGAGCUUAUCAACAAAGAAGAGCUUCCAGUAGACUACUCGGCGGAUUAUUGGGAGAAACGAUACAGUAUUCAAAGAGAUAGAGUGCCAAAGUUCCUAGACAAGUUCACUGACAUCAUACUAAGAACUGGAAAGUAUUUGAAUGUCAUCAGCCAGUGUGGUAAACCAAUCACAAAGAUGAACACUGAAGAAAUAAAAUAUUCCCUAAGAGAACAGAACUAUGGUGCUAUAAUACAAAAAGCGUAUGCGUACGCCAGCAAGUCGUUGUUGGAGCUCCUUCUGAAGGAGUACGAUCUCAUGGGUAGAUUGAAGUCGGUGAAGAAUUACUUUUUAAUGAGCCAAGGAGACUUCAUUGUACAGUUCAUGGAUGCUACUGAACAAGAAUUGUCUAAGAAAAUCGAUGACAUCAUACCUUCGAAACUGGAAUCCCUUUUGGGAUUGUGUUUGAGACUGUCAGCAGCAAGUCACGACCCGUACAAUGAGGAUAUGAAGAUAGAAUUGCUUCCUUAUGACUUGCAAUUCCAAAUGUUUAAAAUUCUGUCCAUUGAGACUGAAGAUGAGAAAGAAUACAAACAGAACAAAGACUGUCUACCGCUGACUGGUAUAGAGACAUUCUCAUUUGGCAUGGAAGUGAAGUGGCCAGUCUCCUUAGUGCUCAACCAUAAAGCUAUAGCCUGCUACCAAAUGAUAUUCAGACAUUUGUUCUACUGCAAACAUGUGGAGAGAUUGCUGUGCAGAGUGUGGCUGUACAACAAGGUGGUGAAGCGUUUCUCAGCGGCUCGCUUGUACGCGGACGCAUUCGCCCUCCGCCAGCGCAUGCUGAGCUGCAUACAGCAUCUACAGUACUACAUGUGUGUCGAGGUCAUCGAGCCGUCCUGGUGCCAACUCAUACAGAGCCUUGAUAAGGUUCACAAUGUCGAUGAAGUGCUGGAACGUCACAACGACUUCUUGGAGUCAUGUCUCGGGGACUGUAUGCUGACCAGUCCGCAACUGUUGAAAGCAGUCACCACACUGUGUCUAGUCUGUGUACAAUUCUGUACAUUCAUUCAGGAGAUGCACAAGUACUUCGUGGACGCAGAGCUUAACAGUAUGCUUGGAUCGACGUAUGACAAUUCAGACUAUAGUGAGACUUUUACAGACGCAGGUUGUGGUGGGACGGCAACGAGUGGGUCGGCGGACUCAUUCUCUCGCUCCGUGUCACGCUACGGACUGCGGUUCACGGCUGCGCUGCUGUCUGUACUUGCAAUCAUAGAGAGGAUGGCCAGGGACAACAAUACCAACAAACUGCUUAAUAUAUCUGCCAGGCUUAACUUCAACACAUACUACGUGAAACAAUUGGAAAAGUUCUGCUCGGAUGACAAGCUGCUGGAGGCUGAGAAGAAGCAGUCUGCCUCCUAGCAUAGGACUGCGCGCCCGCGCACUAAUCUCGUCACCUCUGUGUGAACGCACUCUUAUAACUACACCUAAAAAUCAUUCAUUCAAUAAUUAUGCCGUCGCUACCAUAUUCUAAUUUGAAUCUCUCCGGCCACAUCAAAAGUACAAUUUUCAUAAGGAAAAAAAAAAUUUUUAGGCACUCUAAUAAUACAUUGAUUUAACUAAAAAUAUAUUAAUAAUAUUGAUGAUGUUGUUUCUAGUAAAUAAAUAAUAGUCAUUUUAGUCACAAAGUUAAAACUAAUGUUUGCAUGUAUUGAAGUUAGAUCUAAUCCUUCAAAAUGAAGUACAAAUCUUCCAUUUGCAUUUUGGGAAUGAACAGUAUUUAGAUAGACUUAAUUUGAUGUUGUCCAGUGUUUAGAUGUUAGUAAAAAGUCGAAAAAAUAUCAGUGAACAAUAUUAAAACGUGAAUCAGUACUCGUCGGGGUUGAGUGUAUUUUUCAUAUAGACAUUAGAAAUAAAUGGAACAUACGUACGAGUACUUUAUUUUUUUAAUUCGAGAUUUAUCCACAAUGUUAAUAUCAUUCCGACUGGAUUGGGUAUAACUAACAUAUUUUUGAUAUUAAAAGCUCUCUAACACAAUAAGGCAAUUAUUUUUAAAUAGAAGAAAGUCACAAGUCUCUCAUUCCUUGCCAUAAGUGUAAAAUUAUAGAUAGAUUCAAUAACAAAAUAAUGUUUAAAUUAGUGGUAGAAAAUCUUUGUGUAAAUUAAUCGAAGCAUCACAAAAUACAUGCAACUGUAUGUCGUUAAAGUAUUUAUAAAUUUACGUGAAGCGUGAAGGGUGGGGAAUAAUUACUAAAUCUGACAGACUGCAACAGUUUUCAUUCCUUCAGUUAAAUGUUUUGAUAUGUACAAAACUACGGACCUAAAGGAAGCAAAUAAAUAAUUAUCAUUCUGUAAGCCCACAACCACACAAGAUAUUUUUAGUGACUUAUAAUUUCAUAUGAAGUUGGGGAGGUGUCGAGUUGAAUCUCAUCUCACAUCAUAUCCCAAUGGCUAUCGGGCUAUACGUGAGGCUCAUGUAGUUUAUAGAUGUCUCCAUUAUCCUAAAUCUCAUUUACUUCCAUGACUAUAAAACACGUAAUUUUAUUUAUAGUAUGAAUUUUACAUUAGUUAUUGUUAUUGGCUGUGUAUUUCAAACCCCCUAAUUGUUACAUUUUUGUAAAUAAUUCGAUCUUUUGCUGUUGAGUAGGAAAAUAAUUGCCAUAAUUUACAUUAUUCCUGGAAUCAACUUGUUGGAUUACUUUGUAUUGAGUUUACUAUAUUUUGUUAAUGUUAACAAUACAGAUUCAUUAUAUUUGCAAUGAUAACAAACAGGUUUAAAACGAUAACUGAAUAUUUUAAUAACCUGCACUACAUACAAUUGUAAAAUCUCAGUACCUAUGUAAUAUGUAAAUACCAUCGUUAUUAUAUGCAAUAAAUACCGAUAACUCAA